CCCAACCCAAAGUCAACCAUUUUGUGAACAUUAUUCUAACAGUGUUAGAAUCCUCUCAGUUCCAGGAGGUGUGGCAGGUGAUGUCCAGGUUGGACACUCUGGUCCAGAUCAGGGAGGAACUACUGACCAGCACCAAGCAGAACCAGGAGUGUUGUGAGACGGCCCGGACCCAGCUGACCCAGUACCUGGAGCAGAGCGAAGACAGCCUGUUGCACUACAACAACAGGCUGGCCAAGCUGCAGAGCAUUCUGGACGGAGCACGCAGUGAGACCAUGCUAUGGGAGUCUCGGUGGGCUCACAUCCAGAACACGGCAACUACGAAGACCCUGCUCCUGGGCACCAGCAAGACGGCCACCCUCAACCUGUACCAGACUACCAGCAAGAUGGCCACCCUCAACCUGUACCAGACUACCAGCAAGAUGGCCACCCUCAACCUGUACCAGACUACCAGCAAGAUGGCCACCCUCAACCUGUACCAGACUACCAGCAAGAUGGCCACCCUCAACCUGUACCAGACUACCAGCAAGACGGCCACCCUCAACCUGUACCAGACUACCAGCAAGACGGCCACCCUCAACCUGUACCAGACUACCAGCAAGACGGCCACCCUCAACCUGUACCAGACUACCAGCAAGACGGCCACCCUCAACCUGUACCAGACUACCAGCAAGAUGGCCACCCUCAACCUGUACCAGACUACCAGCAAGAUGGCCACCCUCAACCUGUACCAGACUACCAGCAAGAUGGCCACCCUCAACCUGUACCAGACUACCAGCAAGACGGCCACCCUCAACCUGUACCAGACUACCAGCAAGACGGCCACCCUCAACCUGUACCAGACUACCAGCAAGACGGCCACCCUCAACCUGUACCAGACUACCAGCAAGAUGGCCACCCUCAACCUGUACCAGACUACCAGCAAGACGGCCACCCUCAACCUGUACCAGACUACCAGCAAGACGGCCACCCUCAACCUGUACCAGACUACCAGCAAGACGGCCACCCUCAACCUGUACCAGACUACCAGCAAGAUGGCCACCCUCAACCUGUACCAGACUACCAGCAAGAUGGCCACCCUCAACCUGUACCAGACUACCAGCAAGAUGGCCACCCUCAACCUGUACCAGACUACCAGCAAGAUGGCCACCCUCAACCUGUACCAGACUACCAGCAAGAUGGCCACCCUCAACCUGUACCAGACUACCAGCAAGAUGGCCACCCUCAACCUGUACCAGACUACCAGCAAGAUGGCCACCCUCAACCUGUACCAGACUACCAGCAAGAUGGCCACCCUCAACCUGUACCAGACUACCAGCAAGAUGGCCACCCUCAACCUGUACCAGACUACCAGCAAGAUGGCCACCCUCAACCUGUACCAGACUACCAGCAAGAUGGCCACCCUCAACCUGUACCAGACUACCAGCAAGAUGGCCACCCUCAACCUGUACCAGACUACCAGCAAGAUGGCCACCCUCAACCUGUACCAGACUACCAGCAAGAUGGCCACCCUCAACCUGUACCAGACUACCAGCAAGAUGGCCACCCUCAACCUGUACCAGACUACCAGCAAGAUGGCCACCCUCAACCUGUACCAGACUACCAGCAAGAUGGCCACCCUCAACCUGUACCAGACUACCAGCAAGAUGGCCACCCUCAACCUGUACCAGACUACCAGCAAGAAGGCCCAGGAUGUGUGGGGUGAGGUCGCUCUGGAGGACACUCUCAAACAGCUGGAUAAGGUUCAGAAGUUCCUCUCCAACCUCAUCUGUAUUUGGGAGGAGGUCAACCAAGUACAAAAAAUACCAUAUUUUCAACCCUAACCGGCCUUACCCUGAAUCAUAUUCACACACUGAAGCCUCUUACUAAAGACUGACAUAAAGGACCUGACUUACCUGUCCUUUAAGACUAUUCAUUCAAAUGAUCUACAAUACAGUGGGUUUACUACAGAUAAUAGUGAGCUUACUCACCGUGACAGCAGAGAGGAGCAUUGUUAUGCUGAAUAGACAGUGUUUAAACUAGGAAGUUCUCUCUCUCUCUCAGAACCUUUAGAACCCAGAGAAAGACUGCAGAGUCAGGGAGCCAGUCAGAGGCCUCAUUAUGAUGCUGAGAACCUCAGAACCUUUAGAACCCAGAGACAGACUGCAGAGUCAGGGAGCCAGUCAGUGGCCUCAUUAUGAUGCUGAGAACCUUUAGAACCUUUAGAAUCCAGAGACAGAUUGCAGAGUCAGGAAGACAGUCAGUGGCCUCAUUAUGAUGCCGAGAACCUCAGAACCUUUAGAAUCCAGAGACAGACUGCAGAGUCAGUAGUCAGUAGGAGCUCAGGCUACUUUGAAGACUACAGUUUGGGUGGUGCUCUAAGCAUGUUAAAAUGGGCUGCUCUGGCUCUAAAUAUGCAUGUGGCAACUGGUGAAAUGCAGGCACAAACUCAUACAAAUGAGACACACCAACUGCUCUAAUGUCUACGUGGCCCUCCCUUUCUCUCUCUAUGUGACAGGACCUAGAUGUGGCAUUAUGAGCAAUGAUGUAUACAUUGAGGGAAAAAAGUAUUUGAUCCCCUGCUGAUUUUG